GUAAAGCUUGAACGUAUUGGGUGGAAGAAUUCCAGUUGUAUUGUCGAGUUCUUUUGUUGGGGCAUCAUCAGUCUUUUACCUUUCUUGGCCAUUUCAGUUGUAGGAAAGUAUAUGAGUUGAUGAGGGCAACAACAAAACCGGGAAAGUACACCAACUGAAAACAUGUUAAAUGUUUUAGCCCAGGCAAAGGAUAUUACUAAGAGUUACUAAGGCAAUUAAUCUGUCAAAUUAGAAACAACCGAAACUAAACUAACGCAGGAGGGCUAAAUCUUGAUUACCCACAAUGAGAUUGACAGUGGAGAAAUAGUAGGAGUGGUCAUAAGGUUAUUAGGAGUUCAGGACCCUUCCCUUCUCUGGAAGGUUCAAUAGGCAAUAGCCGCCUAUGUUAUGCACUUAUGAUGGAGUGUGUUUCAUGGUGGAUUGAUGAGCAGUUGUUUAUGAAUAUGUUAGCUAUGUUUUGAUUCAAAACUCUAAAUUACAUCACGGUAACUGGUAAAUUAAGGUCAAAGACUACCACAACACCAACAAAUAUAAACCAGUGAAGCCAGAUUUGAGAAAUUUCACCAUAUGCAAUAGCUAAUAAUGAAUUUAGAAAGGGGAAAUAAUGUCAAUGAAGAGGUAAACAAACUAACAAACAAUUCAAACAAAAGAGUCGCUUUCUACUCAACCCCACCAAAACAAUCAACACAGAAUCGUCGAGGAUCAUUAAUUCACUAUAUAGGACUGUGUUUAAUCAAUAAGUCUGCAACUUGUAAACAAUGGAAGCAGAGAGUGAUCCGAAGCAAACAUGCAAAACAUGGGUUGGACAAACUCGUAAGAAUGGGGCUUCAAGAAUGAUCGUUGAGGCGAUAUUGAGGGCUUACCAAGAGACUAUUUGCUUCUCAGUCCACAGUCGCCGACAGUUUUUCCAUGUCGUUGCCUUUCCCGAUCAAUAACAGAAGUGAGGAAGUAGAGAAUGAUCCAAAAAAUGUUAAUCAGAAAGCAAAUAUGCAAGACAAAGGCUGAGAAAACUCGUAAGAAUGGGGCUUCGAAAUUACUGUAAAGAUGUUGAGGCCUUAGUAUUUUUUUUCCUUCUCGCCCGCACCGCGUUGCUGCCUUUCCCGAUCAAUGAUUUAGUAGAAAGCUAGCACCCAUGAGCAUUUGGGGUCGUAGAAGCAAGAGAAUAGUGAUGAGUAUAGCGAGGAAAUCAAGCAAAAUGAAUCAAUAGAGUGGGCAACCGAGUCAUCGAGAACGACGAUAGGGUGUUGCGGAAGAGCGCGAGAUAGGGCAAGUGCGAGGCAGUUACAGUUUCAUAUUCUGGCGCUGGUGGAAGGAAAGCGGCGAAAUUGUAAAGGGAAGGAAAUGAAGGUUUUAUGUGCGAAAGGGAGACUGACGUGGAUAGCUUCAAUGUGCAGGGAGGAGUACGUGGCAGUGGCCCAAAUUUAAAAGCCCUUUAAUAAUUAGAUAGAAGAUUAGUUCGAAAAGUUAAAAACACAUUCAAUAAUUUCACCGCAGCAAAAGCAGAGUGAGCGCCGGUCGCCGAUACUCCAGCAAAGUUCGAAUCGUAUCAAAUGGCGAUCAUCGGCGAAGGCGAUCACUGCCAACCUCUUCUCCCACCUUCAGCCGGACAAGUUAUAGUCGGCGAAAUCACUACGUCUCCUCCACAGGAGAUGCCGACGCCGCCACCAAAAAAUCAACGCCUCGUCUCUCUUGACGUCUUUCGCGGUCUAACUGUUGGCCUGAUGAUUCUUGUGGAUGACGCCGGAGGAGUGUUCCCGUCGAUCAAUCAUUCCUCGUGGUUCGAAGUAACGCUGCCCGAUUUCGUGAUGUCGUUUUUCCUCUUCGGCGUCGGUGUUUUCGUUAGUCUUGUGUUCAAGAAAGUUCCGAACAGAGUAGAUGCAACGAAAAAGGUCCGUCUGAGAACGAUCAAGUUGUUUGUCCUAGGGGUGUUGUUGCAAGGUGGAUACUUCCAUGGUCGUCAUGAUCUUACUUACGGAGUCAAUGUGAGGAAGAUUCGUUGGCUUGGGAUGCUACAGGUAACGAUCCUUAAUUGGUUAAUAGUUAGGCUGAAGAUCUCUUUGACUUCAGUCAUAGCCUCGUAUCUUAAGAAUUAGAUUGUGUAUGUCCUUGUUGUGUCAUUUGUAUGUUGUUUUGUCUCUUCUUUCUUUAAUAAAAUGCUUCCUCAUUAUCACAAAAAAUAGUUGGGUAAGAUCUUUACAGAGCUUCUUUGUUCAAGUUUACUUGAGUCAUAACACAUUUUAAAUGUGGUAGAGACAAGUCACUUCAUAUUUAGCUAACUUUUUGCAUGUAAGGUUCUUAUAUUUCAUAUGCAAGCGACACUGUCUUGGCCAUUUGCUGAGAAUAUCGCUUGGUUAUCUGUUCGCUUCGAUGUUAGAGAUUUGGCUUGUGGAUAAUAGUGCAGUUGAGUCAAUGAUGGCAUUUGUGAAGAAAUAUCGUUUUUAGUGGUUAGUUCUAUACUUUAGUGGUUUGAUUUUAUCCUAAUAACUACUUGAAAAAGUAACUCCAGAGAGGGAGAGGGAGGACAUGAAAUAGAAAAGGGCAAGCUUGCUUGGUUUUGGAAUACUUGUAUGUUAUUUUGUGUACCUUUAUAUGCAUAUCACAAAGUGAUCUGAAUGAAACCUGUUCGUACUAGAACUAUGAUAUUUUGCUUUUAUAUUAGAGACCAAUCUGUGUUUAUAGGCUCAACUUUGAAUCAAGAAACAAAAGCCAC